GCGGCCGUGGCCCUUGACAGUUGUCUAUUUUCUCGUUUUUGCCGUCACACAGCGUUGCGUUCUUUCGCGCCUUUCGUUCGUGAUUUCAUUGAGUGUUUGAAACAUCGCGGCAUUACAAAAGAAGUUUCGACAUAAAAGUUCGUGUUGUGCGGUUCGAAUACCGGAGAACAUAGCUAAUUUGUUUAAUUAUUCCGUCGAAUAAUUACUCAAAAAUUUAAAUUUUCAAUACCCUCAAACCAAACACACGAAACUCCGAACCAAAGAAUCAUGGGUUGUGCAACCAGAACCAUCAAAUGUGUCCUGCUAAUAUUCAACACGCUAUGGGCCAUCUUUGGCGUAUUAUUGCUGUUGUUGGCAGGAUUCGGUUGGGAUGCGAUGCCACAAAAUUAUGGCAUCGGCAUUAUUGCACUGGGAUGUGUAAUUUUGUUGACAUCUCUCUUUGGAUGCUUUGGAUCGAUUCGGGAAUCGGCUCGCAGUUUGUGGACGUAUGCCGUAAUGCUGCUUAUCAUUCUGGUCCUGACAGUUGUGUUCAUCUGUUUGAAUACAAGAGAUGUCUUCAAGAACUAUGCCAUUCAAGAGGUUAAUCAGCUGUGGGAACAGGAAUUGAUCCAUCCCGGUGCCAUGGACCAAAAACAACUUGUGUAUGAAUGCUGUGGCAAAAAUGGACCCGACGACUAUUUGCUUGCCGGUCGUAUCACACCAUCAAGUUGUUGCAAGGACAGUAACUGCAUCAACCCUUUGAACAUCCACAUCAAUGGUUGUUUGUCGAAAAUCGAAGAAGCCUUCUCCAAUGAGGCGUUGACUUCCCAAAUUUCGGAAUGGGUAUUACUGGGUCUGAAUGCUGUUGUUCUACUCAUGUCCAUUAUGUUGGCCAUUCACUACACCAACCAAAGGCGGCGUUUCAAUUACUAAUUGUUGGUCGAGAACAGAUUUGCUGUUAAAAGUGGGAAAAAAUUGACGAAGAGAACUCACCACUAC